UUUUAACCGGCUACAGCCGGUGAAAAGAAUCACAAAUGGAUACACGGGUCAAGAAAAGGCGGCGGCAACGGUGACUACCGAAAAAGCUGGAAAAACUAGACGCCUAACUCUUGACGUUCACGAGGGGAAUCAAUCACUCACUUGAAUACUAUAAAACUUAGUGAGAGGCUAAGACCAAAUUUACAUCCGAAAACAAACAACACUACUGAGGCAAGAAUUGCAAAUACCCAUUCCUAUUAGAGAAAGAAGAGAGAUAGACGGGAGAUGGAAGGAGAUAGAGGAAAUGUCUGCGUCACAGGAGGGACCGGCUACAUAGGCUCCUGGCUGAUCAAGGUGCUUCUUGAGCAGGGUUACUCUGUUCAUACAACUGUUAGGGCAGACCCAGGAAACAAGAGAGAUCUUAGCUUCCUCACCUGCCUACCUGGGGCAGAUGAAAAGCUUAAAAUCUUCACAGCAGAUCUUAGUUCUCCUGAGAGUUUCGAUGAAGCCAUUGAGGGAUGCAAAGGAGUUCUCCAUGUCGCCGCUCCCAUGGAUUUCCAAGACAAUGAGCCUGAGGCAGUAGUGACCCAAAGGUCAAUCGAUGAAGCACUAGGCAUCUUGAAGACAUGCUUAAGAUCAAAAACAGUGAAGAGAGUUGUCUUCACUUCUAGUGUAUCCGCACUGUAUUUCAACAACAAGAAUGUGGACAGGAUGGAUGAGAGUUAUUGGACUGAUGUGGAUUAUGUUAGAGAACUUAAGUCAUUUGUAAGUUCUUAUGCAAUUUCGAAGACUUUGACAAAGAAGCCAGUUGUUGAAUUGGCAGCAGAACAUGGAUUAGAUCUGGUGACGGUCAUUCCACCUAUGGUUCUCGGUCCCUUCAUCUGUCCAAAAAUGCAAGGCUCAGUCCGAGCAGCAUUGUCUCCAAUCCUUGGGAGUAGGGAUGACUAUAGUCUUCUUCUCAAUGUGGCAAUGGUGCACAUUGAUGAUUUGUCAAGGGCACUUAUUUUCCUGCUCGAGCAUCCUGAGGCAAAAGGAAGGUAUAAUUGUUCCUCGGACACAGUAACUAUUCAAAAGAUUGUUGAAAUUCUUUCAACUAAAUAUCCAGAAUACAAAAUUAAAGAUUACCUAACAGAUAUUGAAGGUACUAAACUGCCUGGUUUGUCAUCAAAGAAACUCUUGGAUUUGGGUUUCAAGUUUAAAUGCGGGGUUGAGGAUAUGUAUGAUGGAGCUAUUAAGAGCUGCAAGGAAAAAGGGUUUCUUUAGGACCAAGGGCUUGAGGAUAUUUAUAUAUAGAUAUAUGAUUCUAUCAAUUGCGGGUUGAUGAUGAUGCAGUAGUUCCUUUGAAGAUUUUAUGAUUCUAAAGAAGGAAGUAUUAGUAGCGCGGCUCAUGAAGCUUAUUAUUUUGGUCUGAUAACUUGAAAAUUGAUGUAUUUUCUGCUGUAUUUCAUGUUUGGAUGCUUGUGUUUUCAUUGAGUAUGGACUUCACUAUAGUUGUUUGUUUUGGGAUACGUGUAAUGCAACCAAGCUUCUUGUCCAA